AUGUCUUUGUUCGGUGGCACCGAUUGCUCCGUGGGCAACAAUGCACUUUCGCAACUUAAUAAACACUCUCAGCAAGACCGCUCUCUCCAGAGACAAACGCACCAUGUCGGGCAAGCCACAUCGGGUGGAUUCAAAACCGAGAAGAUGAUGGAUCAGCGAGACAUGGACCAAUUUCGUGGAGCCGGGUCGCCGGGGAACGCCUUCCAAUUCCAACCCAUGCGCCAUGAAAUCAACAGAAUGCAACAGAGUGCCCCUAAUUGGCUGCAAGACUUCCAGACGAAACCUCAGCUGCCUCUCCAAGCGUCGGCUUCGCCGAUCAACUCUGGAUGGGCGACCGAGUUUCUGAACACCUCUGCACAGCAUCAGCCUCAACACCACCAGGGCCAUCAACCUCAGCAGCAACAGCUGCGGAUGUACAUGCCUGGCUUCAAUAGUUAUGCACCUCAAAUGGCCAUGGGAGGUAUGCAUGGCCUGAUGCAGGGUAUGACAUCUGUACAUCGUAGCCAAGCCCCACAAAAGGAGCAGACGAACGUCGAUUGGGAUGACCGCUUCCGUGAAAUGGAGGAGCUCAGUGCUGACGCACAGGAGGCUCAGCAAGAGGCUACAGAAACUGCAGAAGAGAAGGUUGGCGAAAUUGAGGUCGACGACAAGUUCCAAGCCUCCUUCCAGGAAGUGUGGGAUCUGUUGAAUCAAGACGUUACUGAGAAUGACUUCAUUUCAGAGCAGUACCAGGAGUUCAAACGUAGCCAAGGAGAAACAGUUCCUGCGGACAUGCUGCAAUGGGAAAGGGACUUUGCCAAGUACGCUUCUACGAGAGCCAAUUUUGGGGACUACAAAUUCGAAGACAACGACCAAAACCAAUUCUUGGAUCUACCCGCCGACCAAGACCCCUACCAAAUUGGACUCCAGUUGAUGGAGAAUGGAGCCAAGUUGUCGGAGGCCGCGUUAGCAUUUGAGGCUGCUAUCAAUAAGAAUCCAGACAGAGUCGAAGCAUGGCUCAAAUUGGGUGAGGUUCAAACACAAAAUGAAAAAGAAGUAGCGGGAAUCACCGCUUUGGAGAAAUGCUUGGAAUUGCACCCUGAAAACUCAGAGGCCCUAAUGACACUAGCAAUUUCAUACAUCAACGAGGGUUAUGACAAUGCUGCAUUUGCUACUUUGGAACGUUGGAUCUCUACAAAGUAUCCUCAGAUUGCGGAGAGAGCCCGCCAAGAAAGCCCUUCAAUCUCUGAUGAGGAUAGGUUUACAUUACAUAAGAGAGUUACCGAACUCUUUAUCAAAGCUGCUCAAUUAUCUCCAGACCACGCAAAUAUGGAUUCCGAUGUGCAAAUGGGGCUUGGUGUCUUGUUUUACGCGAACGAAGAUUUUGACAAGACCAUCGACUGCUUCAAGGCUGCCUUGUCCAUCCGGCCAGACGACCCAGUGUUAUGGAACAGACUUGGAGCUUCUUUGGCCAACUCCAACCGCUCUGAGGAGGCCGUCGAUGCGUAUUUCAAAGCACUUGAGAUCCGGCCAACGUUCGUGCGUGCACGCUACAAUCUCGGUGUCUCUUGCAUCAACAUUGGAUGCUACAAAGAAGCUGCCGAGCACCUACUCAGCGGCUUGGCCAUGCAUGAAGUCGAAGGCCAGGAAUCCACCCUCAGUCAUAAUCAGUCAUCUUCUCUCACGGAAACCUUGAAGCGGGCCUUUAUUGCAAUGGAUCGCCGUGAUUUAAUCGAACGGGUUCGUCCUGGAAUGACCUUGGAUCAGUUCCGUGACGAGUUCACAUUCUAA